CCACCCGGUUACCUUGGAGCCUAAAGCGAUUGGAGAAAAUAAUCAGCUUGAUUGCCCUGUUCCUACCAGUUCAUCAACUGAAGAACUUUACAGCAUUUGAGCUUCUUUUCUUCUCUUUUUUCAGUAUCUUUUCUGAACACACCAUCCAGCUAGUUUUUUACUUGGAGAUUUGUGCCAAGAUGUAUAGCGGGAACUACAUUCAAGGGACAAUCUUCCCAGCUCCUACUUUUGACCCUGUUAUAGAUGCCCAGAUUCUCGGGGGAGCUCUGCAAGGAAUGGAUUGUGAUAAAGACGUUCUAAUUAAUAUUCUAACGCAGCGCUGCAAUGCUCAGAGACUCAUGAUUGCCGAGGCUUACAGGAACAUGUAUGGCAGGGAUUUACUACUGGACCUGAAAGAAACUCUCUCGGGUCAUUUCAAGGAAGUUAUGGUUGGCCUGAUGUAUCCGCCUGCGUCAUAUGAUGCCCAUGAACUCUGGCAUGCUAUGAAGGGGGCUGGCACAGAGGAGAAUUGCCUCAUUGACAUAUUAGCCUCGAGAUCAAAUGGAGAGAUCUUCCAGAUGAAGGAGGCCUACCUAAUGCAAUACGAUAGUGACCUUCUUCAAGAUAUUGAUUCUGAGACCUCUGGACACUUUAGGGAUACACUUAUGAACCUUGCUCAGGGAACCAGACAAGAAGGGUAUGCAGAUCCUGUUAUGGCAGCUCAGGAUGCUAUGGUCAUAUGGGAAGCGUGCCAGCAAAAAACUGGAGAACACAAGAACAUGCUGCAGAUGAUUCUGUGCAACAAAAGCUACCAGCAGUUGUGGAUGGUUUUCCAGGAGUUUCAGAAUAUCUCUGGACAAGACAUAGUAGAUGCCAUUAAUCAAUGUUAUGAUGGAUACUUUCAAGAACUACUGGUUGCAAUAGUUCUGUGUGUCAGAGACAAAGCUUCCUAUUUUGCAUAUAGACUUUACAAUGCGAUUCAUGAGUUAGGAUUCCAUAACAAAACAGUUAUACGGAUACUGGUUGCUAGAAGUGAAAUAGACCUGCUGAACAUAAGACAACGUUAUAAAGAGAGAUAUGGAAAAUCACUGUUCCAUGAUAUCAAACAUUUUUCCUCCGGACAUUAUGAGAGUGCUUUACUUGCCAUCUGUGCAGGUGAUGCUGAAGAUUAUUAGAAGGAAGAAAAGUUACAUUAAAAAUGAAAAAGUUUAGGGAUGGAAAUGCUUUAAAUAAUAAGAGAUUCAAGUUGUGCUCAUUAUUUCUCUGUGUACUAAUAUACUUCCCAGUGUGAUCAGUUCAAUGCCUUUUCUUUUCUAAAUUUGUUUUGAACAAAUAUAGAUUUUCACUU